AUGGCGUCGAUCAACGUACAGCCUCGCUUUCGGCGACUUCAAACGAUUGAACCAGACUACUGUUCUAGCAAGAUCACUCAAUAUGAAUCCGGACGGACGGGAUUAAGGAUCGUGGUUGUUGAUCAGCAAGGUCCUGGUCUUUUUGGAUACUUCGUCCUCGCCACCGAGAUUGAUGAUGACUCUGGAGCGCCCCAUACUUUGGAACACCUUUGCUUCAUGGGUUCGAAGAGCUACAAAUACAAAGGCUUUUUGGACAAAGUGGCCACUAGAGCAUACUCCGCCACAAAUGCCUGGACAGGCACUGACCACACGGCAUACACCUUGGAGACGGCUGGUUGGGCAGGCUUUGCUCAGGUCUUGCCUGUCUACCUCGAGCAUGUGAUCCUUCCGACCCUGACUGAUGCUGGUUGUACCACCGAAGUCCAUCAUAUUGACGGCACCGGCAACGAUGCUGGUGUUGUCUACUCAGAGAUGCAAGGCGUACAAAACACGGCAUCUGAACUGAUCGAGCUACGGGCGAAGAGGCUUCUAUAUCCUGAGGGGGUCGGCUUCCGCUAUGAAACUGGUGGUAUGAUGGACCAGCUUCGCGUUCUCACCGCUGAACGAAUUCGGCAAUUUCACCACGACUUGUACCAGCCCCAAAACCUUUGUCUCGCUAUUUUCGGCGAAGUCGAUCAUGACCAGUUACUGGACAUUAUGGAUAGCUUCGAGUCAUCGAUUUUGAGCGAUCUCCCGAGCCCGAAUACUCCAUUCAGUAGGCCAUGGAUCGAGUCUAAGCCUGCACCCCCCUUGAAAACGUCCACUAUCGAAAGAGUAGAGUUUCCAGAGGAGGAUGAAUCUUUCGGUGAGAUCGACGUGCGCUUCCUGGGACCGGAUUUUGCGGAUGUGAUAUCGACGGGGGCCCUCAACGUGGCACUACUCUAUCUCGCGGGGUCCUCGGCUGCGCCACUUGGCAAUGCGCUGGUAGAAAAGGAACACUUGGCCACUGCGGUGCACUAUACGCUCAACAGGCGCCCACGUACCGAGAUUGCGUUUACUCUGUCGAGUGUUGCGACUGGACGACUUGAAGAGGUCGAGAAGAGAUUCUUUGAAAUCUUGAGGGAUGCAAUGGAAAAGCCUCUAGACAUGAAAGUGAUGAAAGACUGCAUAGACCGGCAACUUAGAACCUCCAAAUACAGCGCCGAAUCCUCCCCGACCUCAUUCGCCGGCUUCAUAAUCGCCGACUAUCUCUUCGGAAAUCGUGAUGGAACAACGUUGCAGAACCUCCAGUCUCUAAAACAGUAUGGCGCCGUGCUUGAGAGCUGGUCCGAGGAUUCAUGGAAGCGAUUCAUCCAAUCCUACAUUUCGGACGCUCCCCAUGUGUCCAUCCUUGGUGUGCCAUCCGCCCGGCUUUCCGAAACACUAAAAGUCGACGAAGCUAAGCGUCUGGAGGAGCAAAAGGAGAGGCUCGGGCCGGACGGCUUGAGGGAGAUGCAGGCAAAGCUCGAUGCCGCAAAAGCAGAAAAUGACCGUCCAAUCCCCCCGGAAUUGUUGUGCUCAUUCGAGGUCCCAUCCACUGAAACGAUCCAUUUUGUCAGCACUUCGCCUACUCGAUCAGGAUUGGCAUUGAAGAUAGGGAAACCCGAUUCCAGGCACCAGAAAGUCGUUGACGACGACGCCAAAGAUCUCCCGUUGUUCUUGAACUUUCAGCACAUUCCCUCGAAUUUCGCUCGAGUCGAGCUCAUGGUCUCGACAGAAAACCUUCCAGAUGAACUGCGUCCACUGCUGUCGGUUUACAUGGAGUCAUUCUUUGGUUUGCCUUUAAGACGAGGGAAGGAUAUCAUCCGUUUCGAAGACGUGAUACUUGAGCUUGAGAGGGAUACCGUUAGUUAUGCCAUCGAUUUAGCCAUCAAGCUAGGGAAUGUUGAAGGACUCCACAUCAGCUUCCACGUGGAGAUUGAAAAGUACAACGUGGCUAUCCGCUGGCUGAGCGAAUUUCUUUACCAUGCGGUGUUCGAUGAGGAACGAUUGAAGGCGAUCAAUACUCGGCUCUUGGCCGAUGUGCCCGAUGCCAAACGCAGUGGUGACGGCAUGCUGACAGCAGUGCACUUCAUGACACAUCUGGCUCGAAAAUCGAUCCGACGAGCCAGGAGCCCUCUCGUCAAGGCCCUAUACCUGAAGUGCAUCAAGCGGCUUCUUGAGACCGAUCCGGAUGAGGUGGUACGUCGCCUCGAACAACUCCGAGGCUUUUUGUGCAAAUUUGAGAAUUUUCGGAUCUUGGUCGUUAGUGACUUGGACAAGCUCGAAAGACCUGCCAGUUCCUGGGCAUCGUUCAUGGAAGGUCUGAAGGCGACCGAGGAAUUAGCACCUAUCGGCAGGCAAAUCGAACGACUCAGUGAGGCGGGAAAGAAUACUGACGGAUUAGUGUAUGUCGUGCCACUGCCGACGAUUGACUCUUCUUUCGCGUAUGCGAUUGCUAGAGGACCUACGGCAUACGAAGAUCUCCAAACUCCGCCCAUGAUGGUCGCGGUAGCUUACCUGAAUGCGGUUGAAGGGCCAUUGUGGGCUGCAGUGAGAGGCACGGGUCUAGCGUAUGGUAUCAGCGUGAGCCAUGACAUUGAAUCAGGCUUCGUUAUCUUACAUGUAUCUCGAUCACCGGAUUCAUAUAAAGCAUUCCAUGCCAGCGGGAACGUCGUCCGCGCACACAUUACAGGGGAGAUUGAGUUUGAUCCUUUAAUGCUCGAUGGAGCGAUUAGCAGCAUAGUAGUUAAAUUCGCCGACGAGCAACCCACGCCGGCAUCCGCUGCCGUAUCAAACUUCAUCCAGACUGUCGUGAAGACCUUACCGGAGGACCAUCAGGAAAACCUACUGAAAAAGGUCAGAGGCGUCACUGUGGAAGAUAUAAAGCAGGUCCUCGACACCGUGGUUUAUGACCUCUUCAGGCCAGGGAAGGCCAAUGUUCUCGUGACAUGUGCACCAGCGCUGGAAGAA